AGAUAUCAGCGCUCUGAGCGCAACCGGACGCACUGAAUUAUCCUCAGACGGGAAUACAGAAACUCUUCCGCCUCGAGAGCCGACUGAUUGAAUUCAUUCCUCGAGACAUUUGUUCUCCAAACGGAAACGGCUGAACAAGCGAUGAAAGCGUGGCGACUUCGGUUUCUGUACUUUCUGGUGUUGAACGCAGCUGUGCCGUACGUGACGUCUCUGGAGGAAGAGCUCACCGAUUCUAUUUUUGAUAACUUCCUCGACCCCCUGAGAGACUUGUUUGACCACAAGGAUGACAGCAAUCACACUUUCGCCAAAUUCUCCCUGCGCAAACCAUCGCAUCCCGAUGAUGACCUGUGCUACAUCGUUCCUGGCGAACCCGACUCCCUGGCGGCCUGCGCCUUCAACAGCACCUCCAAGACCUUCCUGGUAAUCCACGGAUGGACGUUGAGUGGGAUGUUUGAAAGCUGGGUGGAGAAGCUGGUGUCAGCGCUGUACGACAGAGAGCAGACGGCCAACGUCAUCGUGGUGGACUGGCUCGCCUCCUCACAGAACCACUAUGUGGUCGCAGCUCAGAACACCAAAGAAGUGGGACGCGAGGUCGCCCUCUUCAUCGACUGGAUCGAGGAAACCACCAACAUGCCUCUCGAGAACAUCCACCUGAUUGGCUACAGCCUCGGGGCUCAUGUGGCAGGAUUUGCUGGAAGCCACGCAACCAAUAAAAUCGGAAGAAUAACCGGUCUGGACCCAGCUGGUCCUGACUUUGAGGGAGAGCAUGCCCACAGGCGUCUGUCCCCUGACGACGCUCAUUUUGUAGACGUCCUCCACACCUUCACGCGGGGCUCCCUGGGUCUCAGCAUCGGGAUCCAGCAGCCUGUCGGCCACAUCGACAUUUACCCCAACGGAGGAGGCUUCCAGCCGGGUUGCAACCUCAGGGGCGCGCUGGAGAAGAUCGCUAAUUUAGGGUUAUUCGCUAUUACUGAUGCAGUGAAGUGUGAACACGAACGCUCAAUCCACCUGUUCAUCGACUCCCUACUGAACAAGUGGGAAGCAGCCAAGGCCUACAGAUGCGGCAGCAACGACAUGUUUGACCGUGGCAUGUGUCUCAGCUGCCGGAAAAGCCGCUGCAACGCAGUGGGCUACGACAUCAGUAAGGUCCGCAAGGCGCGCAACGUUCAGAUGUACACCAUGACUCGAGCCUCCAUGCCUUUCAGAGUUUACCACUAUCAGCUGAAGAUCCACUUCUCCAGCCAGGUGAAUCGCUCAGAGAUGGAGCCGUCGCUCACUGUCUCGCUGUUUGGAACAAAAGGAGAGGUGGAAAACCUGGAGCUUAAACUAAAGGAGAAGAUAGCGACGAAUAAGACCCAUUCAUUCCUGCUCGUGACAGAGAAAGAUAUCGGCGAUCUGUUGAUGUUGAAGUUUAAAUGGGAGGAGACAAACGGUUGGUCGGCCUCCAACAUGUUAAAGAUGGUUUCUUCUUGGUGGUCCGGUGACUCAGACAGCGCCAACAUGGAGGUUCACAAGAUCCGCAUCCGAGCUGGCGAGACCCAACAAAAGAUGGUGUUCUGUGUAAAAGACCACGAAGCUCAGAAAUUAACACAAGAGGUCACAUUUGUUAAAUGUAAGAAUACGUGGAGGACGAACCCGAAGCAAACUCCGAAAAGGUAUGGUACCUUAUGCCGUUUCCCCAAUCGCCGAUAAAGGGACACUUUAUUUUUUCAACCUGGAGCUCGCUUUCCCAUGAUUUCGCAACACAUUCUCCCUCCCGACUCGUCAAAUACCAACACUUGGUUUCAAACCCUCUGGUGUCCAGUUUUGGACGUGUUAAGGGCAGCAUUGUGUCUUUUCAAAAUAAACUUCAGUCCUAAGUCUUGUUCUGAAAUCUUGUGUCUCAUCCACAUUUUGUAUAAAGCAGCUAAAUAUUCAGCCAUAACAGUAAUAAUCUUUUAGAUAACGCCGAGCUACGCUUUCUGUAAUCCAACACAACAGACUUGCUGGCACUCCUCUGACUCACGUGUGCGCCGUGGUCUUCCAGGAACAAGACUCAAUAACAAAGAGAAAGCGAUUAAUAAGCAUUAACAAUGAUUCUGGCAACAGCAAAAGCAAAAGCACUUUUAGUGGACCUACAGUUCCUGUUGCUGGCUGCAGCAUUUUAGCUCAAUAAUACCAAUUAAAAUUAAAUGGUUGUCCUUUUUAGACACAAAAACAUGGAGGGGAACAAGGUCCAGGUUUUAAAAACACAGUUGGCCUUUCACACUACUGUUAAUGCUUUUAAAUAAAAAAACCCACUUUGCUUGUUCUGUAGAGUGACUCUGGAGAAACACUGACCUUGGAGAAAAGAAUCCACCUUUGAACGCCCUUCAGCCCAUUUCAGCACUUUUUUAAUUUAUACACUUGUAAAGGUGUGUUGGUUAUUUAAAAAGAAUAUGUGUGUAUACUGUAAAAUAUUUAUGUGAAGAAAGUUUUUUGUUUUUAUGAUACUAACUGUAACUUCGUACAAUAAAAGUAAGAGCUGUGGUCAUUGGUGCAUGCCUUGUAUCCAGAGACACAGAUACUGGUAACACCAGAGACUCACAUACUGAGAGGUGUGACUGGAUUUACCUUCAUAGUUCUGGAGGUACUGAUGUCUCAUUGUGUAAAGUACCUCAAGUUAAAUUUCAUAUUGCGGCCGCUGUGAAGAAUAAUAUCUUCUUUGUGUUCAUGGAGGCCUGCAGGCACUUCUCAAAAAGAAGUACAAAUCACCAUGAAGAUUACUUUCUUAAGGUUUUUAUUGCAAUAGGGUACAGUUUAUUAAUGUAUUAUUAACUGACCGCAUUCACCACUGUGGCUCACUGCACUGUAUGUGACGGUGGGACCGGUAACAGUGUGCCUUACUGUCGACUGGCGCCAGAUGAAAGCUGCCGCAAAUGUAACUUGUUUUAACUUAGUUGCUGUUUUUCACCUCUUUGUACUCGUAUUAUUGUUAUUCUAUAAACCUUUUGAAACAUUUGAACUUUCCAAAGUCACUGCUACACUUCUGUAAAAUGUUUCUUUGAAGCUGUUAUCUCAAAUAAGCACCGGAAAUUUUGUCCACCAUAGUUCUAUUACAGUUUUAUUGAGGCUCAGUGUGAGUAAAACACCGUUAUUAUGAAUGUAGUCCUUUUUGUUUUACUGUCUAUCACAAGUCUCUCUCGACUGCAGUUUCUUCUGUGCAUUUUUAAAUCCGGACGAAUGCUUUUUUGUUUGUUUUACGUUUCCAGUUCUGAGUCAAAUCUAAACCGUGGCUGGUUUGAUAUCGGUACUGUGAUCAUCGUGACGUCGUCUCCACCUACUUCAGCAAUGUUGAAAUGUUUUUUUUUGCACUGAAAAAAAGGGGAGAUUGCUAAACCGAGUUACUUGUAGAGUUAUGUAAAUACCAUCACACAAAUGUUUGAUUUUUGUUGUAUGGAACGCUGUUAAUUAUAUAUUUGUAGGUUCUGGAUGAAUUUAAUCUGUAAAAUGUGCAUUUUGUACAUAUUUGUAAAUAUUCUCUGUAGUGUUGAAAUUCUUUCAUAAACCAAAACUGCCACUUGGGUGGUCACCCUG